GGCAGGGUUUGGAUUCAAAACUUGUAGGAUGGGUAACUGUCUCCGUUCCAAGAGCACUGGUGUGUGGAAUACAAAAGGAUGAAAAUUGGGUUACGAGUGCAGCCCAUUCUUCUUCUCCCUUUCCCAAAUUUCCGAAUCACCAACCCCUCCAACUUCCCAAACUUUUGCUUUUGCGCCCCCCCCAAAACGCAAACCCAAGCCCUAGGGCUCCUGCAUUGCAGAUCGAUGGCUACUGUGAAGGAGAGGAUUGAACUGACCGAGACCGAGAGGAAGAUCUUUGAUAGGCUUCUCGGCUCUCUUCGCCACUUCGGUCUAAGCAAUCAGCUCCGGGUCGCCGGCGGCUGGGUCCGCGACAAGCUUUUAGGGAAAGAGUGUUACGACAUUGACAUCGCGCUGGACAAUAUGAUGGGGAGUGAAUUUGUUGAGAAGGUGAGGGAGUACUUGCUGUCUACUGGAGAGGAAGUGCAAGGGGUUGCGGUUAUUCCAUGCAAUCCCGAGCAGUCUAAGCAUUUAGAAACAGCAAGGAUGCGCCUCUUUGAUACAUGGAUUGAUUUUGUAAACUUACGGUGUGAAGAGUACAGUGAUAAUAGCCGCAUUCCUGCAAUGCAAAAAUUUGGCACAGCAGAGGAGGAUGCAUACAGAAGGGAUUUAACCAUCAAUAGCAUGUUCUACAAUAUAAACACUGAUUCAGUUGAAGAUUUGACUAAAAGAGGCAUUGCAGAUCUAAAAUCUGGGAGGAUAGUGACCCCUUUACCUCCGAAGGAUACUUUUUUGGAUGAUCCAUUACGAGUUCUUCGAGCUAUUCGUUUUGGUGCAAGAUUUGGGUUCGUAUUAGAUGAAGAACUAAAGAAAGCUGCUUCCUGUGAUGAAGUGAAAGAUGCUCUUGCUGCUAAAAUUAGCAGAGAACGUAUUGGAGUUGAAAUUGAUCUCAUGAUCUCUGGAAAUCAACCAGUUAAAGCAAUGACAUACAUUUGUGAUUUACUGUUAUUUUGGAUUGUCUUUAGUCUUCCUCCCAAGUUUGAACCUGCCAAAUCAGAAUGCUGUGAUAGGCUGUGCAUCUCCUACUUGGAUGCUACUUGGAACCUUGUUCAAUUAAUUGGAGGCUCUACUUUCAAUGAUGAACAACGAAGGCUCUCCUUGUAUGCUGCGUUAUUUCUCCCUUUUAGAAAGACCAUUUAUAAAGAUAACAAGGCUAAGAAGAUAUGCAUUGUCUCCUACAUUUUUCGGGAGUCUCUUAAGCGAAAAGCCAGUGAUGCUGAAACAGUCAUAAAUGUAUACAGUGCAUUGGACAAAUUUUUAUCUUUGAUUCCUUUCCUUGCAUCUAAUGGGGACAUCCAACUCACUGAAGUUGACUGGGGAAGAGGAUUGGAUGAUGUCCCUCAUACUUCAAAACUUAGGGUACUGACAGGGUUUCUUCUUCGAGAAAUUAAAGAUUUUUGGCGAGUGGCUUUGUUGUUGUCUACAUUGUUAUAUCCCACUGAUGUUGAUUGUACUCAAGAUUUUUUAAAGCAGCAUUUUCAAUUGGACAAGCGAAAAGACCUGUUUAAGACAGUUGAAGGUGCAGUCAUUCAACUAGGUCUUGAGAAAGUGUGGGAUGUAAAACCAUUGGUCAAUGGGAAGGAUAUUAUGAAUGUCUUGCAGCUUAAAACUGGAGGACCACUUGUUAGGGAGUGGCAACAAAAACUGCUUGCAUGGCAGCUUGCCAAUCCCUUGGGCACUGUGGAGGAAUGCAUUGAUUGGAUGAGGCAAGCACAUUCUAAGCGUUUUAAGACGGAGUAACUAUUGACUCUCAGCGAUCUACUCAUGGCCUGGUCCAGAGGUUGGCGAGAUAUGGAGUAGUUGGAGUUAUUGUGGUUAUUCAGUUAGGGUGCACGAGCAACAGUCCUGUUUGAGACUCUACAAAAUGCGGACGAAUAUCUAGUAUUGCUUUUUAAUACCUUUUGGUAAUAAAAUGAGUUUAUUUUCAA